GGCAGCGGCGGCUCCUCUGCAGCAGCAGCAGCCGCCAUGGCCAAGCCCAGCGCGGAGCUCACCCGCGAGCUGCAAGAAAGCAUCCGUCGAUGCCUGAGUCGAGGGGCUGUGCACCAACAGCAUCGGGUGAAACUGGAGACCAAGCCCAAGAAGUAUGAAGACCGAGUGUUGGCUCUCACUGCCUGGCGCCUCCAUCUCUUCCCUCUAAAAAUCCCAGCUAAGGUGGAGAGCUCUUUCAAUGUCCUAGAGAUCCGAACCUUCAGCACUCUCAACCAGAACCAGAUCAUGGUGGAGACAGAACGUGGUACUGUGAGCAUGCGAUUGCCGUCAGCAGAGAGUGUUGAGCAGGUGACCAGGCACGUGAGCACAGCACUAGCCAAGGUCUGCCCAGGCCCUGGGUGCCUGAUCCGGCGUGGAAACCCUGAGACCCCUGAGGGGCCCCGGGACACGUCCCCCAACUCUGAGACCUCCACGUCUACCACCCACAGUGUCUGUGGUGGCUUCUCUGAGACUUAUGCUGCUCUGUGUGACUACAAUGGGCUGCACUGCCGAGAGGAGGUUCAAUGGGAUGUGGACACAAUCUAUCAUGCAGAGGACAACCGUGAGUUCAAUCUUUUGGACUUCAGCCACUUGGAGAGCCGGGACCUGGCAUUGAUGGUGGCAGCCCUAGCUUACAACCAGUGGUUUACCAAACUCCAUUGCAAGGAUCUACGCCUGGGCUCAGAGGUUCUGGAACAGGUGCUACACACCCUGAGCAAGUCGGGGAGCUUAGAAGAACUGGUGCUGGACAAUGCUGGCCUCAAGACGGACUUUGCCCAGAAACUGGCUGGGGUGUUUGGGGAGAAUGGAAGCUGUGUGCUACAUGCCCUGACUCUAUCCCACAAUCCCAUCGAGGACAAAGGUCUUCUCAGUCUAAGCCAGCAGCUCCUCUGCUUCCCUACAGGCCUCACCAAAUUGUGCCUGUCCAAGACUGCCAUCUCCCCUCGAGGGCUCCUAGCGCUGGGCCAGACCUUCGGUGCCAACCCAGCCUUUGCCAGUUCCCUACGCCACCUGGACCUGAGCAAGAAUCCAGGGCUGCUCGCUACUGAUGAAGCCAAUGUCCUCUAUAGUUUCCUGGCUCAGCCUAAUGCCCUGGUCCACGUGGAUCUGUCUGGGACUGACUGCGCAAUUGACUUGCUGCUGGGUGCUCUUCUCCACGGCUGCUGCUCUCACUUAACCUACCUCAACGUGGCUCGAAACAGCUGCUCCCACAGCAGGAAGGGCCGAGAGGCUCCACCAGCCUUCAAGCAGUUUUUCAGCAGUGCUUAUACGCUGAGCCACGUCAACCUGUCAGCUACACGUCUGCCUUUGGAAGCCCUCAGGGCACUCCUACAGGGCCUCUCUCUCAACAGCCAUCUCAGUGAUCUUCAUCUUGACCUGAGCAGUUGUGAGCUUCGAUCAGCAGGAGCCCAGGUCCUCCAGGAGCAACUCGGGGCUGUCAGCGCGGUGGGGAGUUUGGACGUGUCAGACAAUGGGUUCGACUCUGAUCUUCUGACAUUAGUGCCCGCACUUGGCAAGAACAAAUCCCUUAAGCACCUAUUCUUGGGCAAGAACUUCAAUGUCAAGGCCAAGACCCUGGAAGAAAUCCUUCAUAAACUUGUGCAGCUGAUUCAGGAAGAGGAUUGUUCCCUGCAGUCACUCUCAGUGGCCGACUCAAGGCUGAAACUUCGAACCAGCAUUCUCAUCAAUGCCCUGGGCAGCAACACUUGUCUGGCCAAGGUGGACCUGAGUGGCAACGGCAUGGAGGACAUUGGGGCCAAGAUGCUGUCUAAGGCCCUGCAGAUCAACUCUUCCCUCCGGACUAUCUUGUGGGACCGGAACAAUACUUCAGCCCUGGGCUUUCUGGACAUUGCAAGGGCCCUGGAGAGCAACCACACACUUCGCUUCAUGUCCUUCCCUGUGAGCGACAUCUCCCAGGCAUAUCGCAAUGCCCCAGAGCGCACCGAGGAUGUCUGGCAGAAGAUCCAAUGGUGCCUUGUCCGGAAUAACCACUCGCAGACCUGUCCGCAGGAGCAGGCAUUCAGACUGCAGCAGGGCCUUGUCACCAGCAGUGCUGAGCAAAUGCUACAGCGGCUGUGUGGGCGAGUCCAGGAGGAGGUUCGGGCACUGCGGUUGUGCCCCCUGGAGCCAGUACAAGAUGAACUGCUUUACGCCAGAGACCUCAUCAAGGAUGCCAAGAACUCCCGGGCGCUAUUCCCAAGCCUUUAUGAGUUGGGCCACGUCCUAGCCAGUGAUGGGCCUGUCCGGCAGAGACUGGAGUCAGUGGCCAGUGAGGUGUCCAAGGCUGUGGACAAGGAGCUGCAGGUGAUCCUGGAGUCAAUGGUCAGCCUGACCCAGGAGCUGUGCCCAGUAGCAAUGCGAGUGGCUGAAGGCCACAACAAGAUGCUGAGCAGCGUGGCAGAACGGGUCACUGUGCCUAGGAACUUCAUCCGUGGGGCCCUGCUAGAGCAGGCAGGGCAGGACAUUCAGAAUAAACUAGAUGAGGUGAAGCUCUCGGUCGUCACCUACUUGACCAACUCCAUAGUGGAUGAGAUUCUGCAGGAGCUGUACCACUCUCAUAAGAGUCUGGCCCGUCACCUAGCCCAGUUGAGGACCCUCUCAGAGCAACCAGGCGGAGGAGGCCCAGGGCACGAACUGUCCUCCCAGGCCCGGGGCCGGGGCCGGGGCCAUGACCAUGAAGAGACCACAGAUGAUGAGCUCGGGACCAACAUCGAUACCAUGGCUAUCAAAAAACAGAAACGUUGCCGCAAGAUCCGGCCUGUAUCUGCCUUCAUCAGUGAGUCACUCCCACCCCUAACCUACCUCCCUUCCCACUCCCACCACCCCUAUGUCCCCUUUUCUCAGUACCUCUUUCCCUGCCCCCUUUUCUUUGCAUCUCCAUCUUCUACUGUGCCCCAGUUUCUUCCUUUCUCCCUAACCAUCCAACCCAACUCCCCAACCCCUAGCCUUUCUAACACAGCUAUUCCCACAGGUGGGAGUCCACAGGACAUGGAGGGCCAGCUGGGGGGGCUGGGGGUACCCCCAGGCUGGUUCUCAGCCCUAGGGGGCAAUCAGCCCGCCCCCAGUGGCUCCUGGGAGGGCCUGUCAGAGCUGCCUACCCAUGGCUACAAACUGAGGCAUCAGACACAAGGACGGCCCAGGCCCCCCAGGACCACCCCCCCAGGGCCUGGCAGGCCCAGCCAGGCACCAGGACCUGGGACCCGACAAGAGAAUGGGACGGCCACUCGACUGGAUGAGGGGCUGGAGGAUUUCUUUAGUCGGAGGGUCAUGGAUGAAAGUUCCAGCUAUCCCCGGACCUUGAGGACAGUUCGCCCAGGCCCAGGUCCUGCAGAGCCCCCGCUGCCCCCACUCCAGAAGAAGAGACGACGAGGCCUGUUUCACUUCCGGCGCCCCCGGAGCUUCAAGGGGGAGAGGGGACCAGGAUCCCCGACCCCUGGGCUCCUCCUGCCCCCACCUCCUCCCCCACCCCCAACUGAGGAGAGCCCUCCCACCCCAGAUCCCCCAAGCCUUGGCGAUAAUUCCACCCCCUGCUGGAGUCCCGAGGAGGAAAGCGGCCCCCUCCCAGGGUUGGGGGGGAGUCGGGCACCCUCCUUCAGAAGAAAGCAGGGCAUGGAGGGGGCAGAGCCAGGGGAAGGAGUCCUAAUAUCUGGAGUGAUGCAGCCAACAAGGGUUCAUGGAAUUGCCCUUCCUGGGAUGGGUCGAGCCAAGGGCUGGAGCUUUGAUGGGAAGCAAGAGCUCUCAUUUCAGGGUACAGACACUGACCUGGAAAACAGUGUCCAACCUUGGCAGAGACGGCGCUCUUCUGACGAUGCAGGGCCUGGGUCCUGGAAGCCACCUCCACCUGCCCAGAGCACCAAACCAAGUUUCAGCGCCAUGCGUCGAGCAGAGGCUACAUGGCACAUAGCUGAGGAAAGUGCCCCCAACAACAGCAGGCAGAGCCCCAGCCCAGCCUCUGCUGAAGGGGAGGGAGAAGAGGGAGUCCUGCUCUCAGAGAGGGAGAUUCUGGCCCGAAGCACCAAGGAUCUCCUUGUAGCUCCUCGACCCCCCAAGCCAGUAGCCGUGCCCCGGGGCCGGAGGCCUCCACUGGAGGCAGGGGGCAGGGAGGAUGCUGAGGCCCCAACUGCCACCAAGCCCCGGCAGAGGCUGGGUUCUCAUCGAGAUCAGGAGGAGCCAGAGGCCCAAGGACUUCCCAGUGUGGGGCGAAGAGCAGCCCCUUUGAAGCCCAAGAGGACUCGGAGAGCACAGUCCUGUGACAAACUGGAACCUGACCGGAGCAGACCCCCGGACCCUGCAGGUUCAGGGGGAGAGGGAACCAGUGAACUUGGAACAGACUGAUACUACCCUCAGUGAACCUUCUUCCCACCCCCCAUUCCCCCUCCCCCAGCCAUGUGCCUAACAGAGACUCAGAUGUCCCCUUCCCGCAGCAUCUCCAGGCUCCUCCUGCCUGACCCCUUAGGGGCAGGGGAGGGGAGGGGAGAGUUUGGAAGAGAUCUCCUUAGUGGGAAGGGGGAUUGUCUCUGUCUCUCCUCCUCUGGUGGUGGGGGGAGGGAGAAGCUUUUUCUCCCUCCUCAUGGGUGGGGUUGGGGGGUGGAUCUUUGUCCCUCUACCCCCAGGGGGAUCUCUCUUAAG